UUAUUUUCGUUCGGUUUCUUUUUUGAUCCGUGCGUGCGUGCCGUUAACGCGAAUCCCCGCGGAUUUUCAUCGCGAAAGCUUUUUUUUUAUUGUGAUUGCGUGUAAUUGACAAAAUGGCAGAAAAGAAAAUCAGCUUUGGUUUCAGUAAAAUUGCGAAAAAGGUAAACCUCCAAGCCGGACCAGCCGCAAUUAGUUCCGAUGCCGCAAGCGGCUCGGAUAAGGGGAAAGACGGAGAGAAGAUCGAAAUGAUUGCUUGCCUGGAAGGCCAAGCAAUCAGAAUUGUAGGAAAAGAAAACGGCGAAGAAGAACCGGCUCCGCUGGUUAUCCCUCUGCGCGAGCAAGACAAGACAACAAUCCCUGUGCGGUUAGCGAAAUUGCAAAAAAUUAAAGAUGAACGCGAAACCGAUCGAAGUGUUCCGGCCGGGGAGGAAACUCUCGAGCAGAAAGCCGCUCGGGAAUUGCUGGAAGCAGCCAGGGAACAUAAGAACAGUUCAGUGGCAAAAAAUGACAUGGUAAUUGCACUAAAACCGGAAGACUUACCGCUCGAGGGUGGGCAGCCGUCUUCGUUGGCUGAUUACGAGGCGAUGCCACCGGAAAAGUUCGGUCUGGCCUUGCUACGCGGAAUGGGUUUCAAGGAGGAUCCUAAUGCACCGAAACCGGUGGAUAAAUUGCCCGAGGUGCGACCGAAAGGUAUGGGCCUAGGGGCGGAACGGGCCCCCAAAGGGGGCAGCCGACAGUUGAUCCCUCCCGGCAAGGAUGAAGUGCUAGUGAUGGCGAAGGGUGCCUUUGUGAAGGUGUUGGCAGGGAAGCAUAAGGAUUCCUACGGAACGGUCGAAAGCCUCAACGAAGACACAUCGCGUGUACUGAUUCGCUUCGCACUUGGCGGCAACCAGGAAUCGCUAAACGAGUACCUGCUCCAGCUUGUCUCGAAAGCAGAAUACAGCAAAUACUCCAAAGUGUUGAAUAACGCUAAAUAUGAAGAAUUCAAGAAUCGUGCUUCCGCCACCAACCCCACUGCUUCUAUCAAAAAGGAAGAAGAACGCGACGAACGGAAGAUAAAACGUGAACCGUCGGAUUCGCCUCCUCCAAAGCCGCAGUCUUCCGCGUCCUCCAAUCGACAAAAGACGGAAGAGUACAGCCAACACCGGCACCGGCAUCGUGAUAAAUCUCCAUCACCGUCUCGACACGACCAUCGAGACAGAAGGGACGAUCGCGGCAAUAAUCGCGAUUCACGGCGCUACGAACGCAGCGAUCGGAGUGACAAACGAGAUCGCUACGAAUCGCGCCGGGCGCGACCCGCAGACAGCAGUCAAAGCGAGCACCGCUCGACGGACGAUAACUCGCCGGCGGAUCGCAACCGAUCGCGGCACCGGCAUAAAUCGUCCUCCUCCUCGUACGGGGGAAGAACCUCCUCCGGUACGAAAAAGAAAUCCCACAAGUACAAGCAACGCCGAGACCAUUCCCGGGAACGGCUGGCGGCGGCGGCGGCCGGUGGCGGUCAUUCCGGGUCCGACGAGGACGAUCGGCAUCACAAGAAGAAAACGAAGAAAAGCAAGAAACAACGCAGCCGAUCACGCAGCCGACGGUAGGACGUUCGUUUCCGUUUUUUCGGUGUUAAAUUUGACUGUGUGUCGAGUUUCGUGAUAGCAAGCUGUA